CCCAAGUUUACAGAAUUUGGGGUAUGUUUUUUUAUGCAGCUUUCUGAGGCGCACAGCCACGAGGGAUUUAAGACAGGUGGAGGAGUAUGUUACACCAGUUUGCAGCUUUUAAAACCGACUCCCUGCCCCAUCCAAAGGCUGCAGAGCGGCUGUGCCCACACCUCCCUCCGCCUCCCUGCCCGCCCCUGACAUGGCCGCCUGACCCGCUUCCAAGAUGGCCGCCGCGGCGCCGGAAGCGGGUCGCUCUGCCCGCCGGCGGGCCCGCUCUCGAUGGCGGCGGCGGGCCCGGGCAUCUCUAUGGCAGCGGCGGCCGCGCUGCCGGGCGGGCGGGCCGCGGGGGCGGGCGGCGGCAGGAUGCCCCUGGCUUCCUACUGCUUCCUCCGGGCUGUGGGGAAGGGCAGCUACGGGGAGGUGAGCCUGGUGCGGCACCAGCAGGACAGCAAGCAGUAUGUCAUCAAAAAGUUAAACCUUAAAAACGCCUCCAACCGGGAGAGGAAAGCAGCAGAACAAGAGGCACAGUUGUUGUCCCAGUUGAAACACCCAAACAUAGUCACCUACAGAGAGUCCUGGCAGGGGGAGGAUGGCCUCUUAUAUAUUGUUAUGGGCUUCUGCGAGGGGGGAGAUCUGUACCACAAACUUAAAGAGCAGAAGGGCAAACUUUUGCCCGAGAAUCAGGUGGUGGAGUGGUUUGUCCAGAUUGCCAUGGCACUGCAGUAUUUACAUGAAAAACAUAUUUUGCACAGAGAUCUUAAAACUCAAAAUGUUUUUCUGACACGAACAAAUAUAAUUAAAGUGGGAGACCUGGGAAUAGCCAGAGUGUUGGAGAACCAAUACGACAUGGCCAGCACUCUCAUUGGCACACCAUACUACAUGAGCCCUGAACUCUUUUCUAACAAACCCUACAACUACAAGUCUGAUGUUUGGGCAUUAGGCUGCUGUGUUUAUGAAAUGGCUACACUGAAACAUGCCUUUAAUGCUAGAGACAUGAACUCUUUGGUUUAUCGAAUUAUUGAAGGAAAGUUGCCACCCAUGCCACAGGAUUACAGCCCACAGUUGGUAGAAAUAAUACGAACUAUGCUCAGUAAGAAACCUGAGGAAAGACCUAGUGUGAAAACCAUCCUGAGGCAGCCAUACAUCAAGCACCAAAUCUCUUUGUUUUUGGAAGCCACAAAGGCGAAAGCAGCCAGAAGUCAUAAGAAAACAGUGAAUGCUAAACCUAAAGAUCCUUGUUCUGUGGUCUCAGUAAAGAGUGAAUCUCAUAGCAGGAAUGUUACACACCAAAACCACUCCCUUGAGCAAGCCAGGAAAUACAAAGUUAAUGAAGAAGAUUGCAUCAUCAAACACAAAGCCACCAAAUUUUGUCCCUCAGAGAAAGCAGCGAUUGAUUUGGAAAGAAAACCAAGCAAUAAUGAUUUGAACAACUUGGGAGGCUCCUUAGCUACAGUUAGUGAUGUGAAUAUUGAUAUCUUGCCAUCUGAAAGGAGGAACUAUGCAAGUGAGAAGUAUGGCAGUGAGCAUAUUCCAGAGAAUAAUAAAGCAAAGCAUUUAAAUGCUCCAGAGAAUUCUAAAAUAACAUCCUGUAAGCCACCAAUUAAAGAAGAUGGACUGCAGCAAAGAGCAAAGCAAGCUUUUAAAGCUGAAAAUGUUGAGUCUAAACAGUCUUCUGUUGAUACUGUAGAAGAUGGUGACACUUUGAAACUCUUGCAGCCUCUAUCAAAAGACCAAAAGCAAACUGACUUGAGCUUGGAUUCUACAGAAAAGCUGCUAGAACCAUUUGUUCCUGUUGUAAUUCAAGAUGAUGUCUGUCACAGAGCUUCAGGAGAUGCUCAGGAAAAAAUGACCCCCCAUUUGCUGCCUCAUAGUGAACCCUCUGUCUCACGGCAGCAAUGGCAGAAGAAAAGAGAGCUGGCUGAAGUUUGCUCAGAAAAGGUCAGAACAGUUGCUCCUCGGCCAUUACCUUUUCCUUCUGAUGUGGACACAAAGAUAGCACAAAGGUGUGCAGAGCAGCAUGGUGCUGAAGCCUCUGAAGCUGUAAAUGGUGCCAAAACUAGUCAAGCUGCCUUUUCAAAGGAGCGGCCCUUGUCAGCCAGAGAACGAAGGAGGCUCAAACAGUCACAGGAGGAGAUGUUCCCUGCUGUGAUUCCAGCAAGACGAACGCCAAGCAGUGCAGUAGUUGAAGCAAAAUCACAUGUGGAAAAUCCUGUAAAAGUUGCUCAGUCCUUGCCAGAUCCUAGUAUUGCUCAGAGAAAGGGGGAGGCCUAUUGCCUGUCUGAUGAUGAGUUAAGCUCUUCCACAAGCUCCACAGAUAAGUCAGAUGGUGAUUCCAAGGACAGGAAAAGCAGCAUGAAUGAAAUGAAUGACUUGGUGCAGCUCAUGACAAGGACCUUGAAAAUGGACUCUAAGGAGAACUCUGAAUACAGUGUAACCUCAGCUCCAGAGUUUAAACUGCAUAGAAAAUACCGAGACACUUUGAUUUUGCAUGGAAAAUCACCUGAUGAAUCAGAGGAAUUAAAAUUUGAAGAGAUUUCUUCAGAUAUGUUACCAGUUCCUGACAAGAUUAGGAGAAUGAUUGAAAUCCUGAGAUCUGAUGUGGUGCAAGGACUGGGGGUGAAACUUCUGGAGAAGGCAUACAGCAUCAUGGAAGAAGAUGAUGAAGUGAAAAGAGAGCUGCAGCUGCGGGAGCAUAUGGGAGACAAGUAUGCAAGUUACGGUGCCAAGGCACGCCACCUGAAAUUUCUUGAAGAAAAUGUGAAGUUCUGACCACAGCUUUUUCCUCAAAGAAAAGGACUGGUUUAUAGUUCAUUUGAGAGACUGGACCAGCUUACAAAGCACGUUUAUCCAUUGACCUUCUUUGUUGGAAUAAGGAGGUGGACUUGCAAAAAAAACGUUACAGUUUGUAGUAAUAUUUUUCAUGUUAAAAUGUGAAUGAGGCUAUCACUUUCUCAGAAGAGAAACUGGUUAGUUUAGUUUUUAUUCUCUUAAUGAAACUUUUUAAAGUUGCUUUUUAUAGAUUCAAAGAGGGAUGGAUACCAAGUUUUGUAUACAAAUGAGUGUCAAAAAUAGAUGUUUGAAUUUGUCAUAGCGAGGUUUUUGGUACGGUUGUAUACUGAUGAUGGUAACAAAUCUAUGGCAAGGUUAUGGUGUGAUAGGCUAUAAGCUAUUGCAUCAAAUAGUGAACAUUCAGCAGGCAGAAACAAUUACUAACUUGUGUAGCACUAAAAGCCUUCCAGGUUCUUAAAAUUGCCAAGGGAAGGUGCUCAAGGAGUGGCUGUACUGCCUUUAAACAGAGCCUUUGCUUUUGUGUCUUACUGCUAAGGCAGUCACCAAGGUGGUGGAAAGUAUUUGGUAACUGAAUAAAAUAAGUCUGAAAACGUUGGAAAGGACCACAGCCAUGGUUACCAUGGUCCCAGCUGGAGAAAUCCCUUUGCCUUACAAAUACUAAUUCCUUCUAGCAAUGAAAGUGCCCAAGACCACGGUCACUCAGAGAAAUAGGUGUCUUAGCUAUUCCCUUGCUCUGCAUCGAGACUGUGCUGCUGCACAUGCUCAGACAUUGUCAUGUACUAUCACUACAGAAAAAGCAUACAUUCUUUUUAAGGGAUAAAGAAGUCAAAAGAUAAUUGAAUUUGUAAAAUAAAACUUUAAAUGCA